UCAACACACGGAGCGCCGUUAGUGGUAAUAGCAGCACAGAACAUAAUAUCAGUGCCCUUAGCAAUGGAUUCAAAGCCUCGUCGACUGCCGUUCACAGUCUCUAGUUCUUCCUCCAUCUCUUCAACUUCAUCCUUCUCCUCUUCAGCCUCAGCUCUCAGUGCCGGUCGACUUUAUGGCAGAGGGACUGUGUUGGGUAGUGAUCGCUUCAGCAGAGGAGCCACAGGAAAGUUAGACUCAGACUACCAGAGCUCUCGUAUUCCAGGAUCCUCCAGGGAUUACAGCUCCUCCGAAAGCUACCACUCUAGAUGGAAGCUGUCCAUGCCACUCUCUUCUUCCUCCUCCUCGUCUACAUUUACUUCGUCUGAUCGGCCAUGGGCAGAGUCCUCCUAUGGAGGAAGAAGCAAACCUGUUGAGUCAGAGAGAGGGUUUGUAUCAUACUCCAACCUUCUUGGCACAACUCAAGAUGAUGAAUCCAAAAGAGCCAAACUGUCGUACACAAAUCGACAAUCCUACAGCAGACACUCAACCACAUCUACUCCCAGCAGCACAUACUCAAGCCUGGGAGGAGGCAUGUCAGAUUCUCUGUGGAAAUCGAGCCUUAGCCCACUGUCCAGGUCUUCUUCAUCCUCAUCAUCUUCAUCGGAUGAUCUGUGGGCUCGCCGAGACGUAGACAAGAGGACAGACUCUGGUCUGGGAGAGGCCAGCUAUAGACCCACAUCACUGUCGUCCUCACUGUAUCGCCCUGAACGUGUGACCUCCACUUAUGCCCAGGGAGCCAGACCUAAGGAAAGCCUGUAUUCCUCAUCCCGCAGAGAGAAUAACUCAUCCAGCCGUCGUCUUUCCUCCGAUUAUGUACCAUCCUCACACAGGCUGUCUUCUGACUACCAUCCCAGUCCUCGUCUUUCACUGAACUCUGCCCGAAACUCCUCAUCCCUCUCUGACCCAUCCUCUCUCUCCUCCUGGAGCUCUUCCCCUUACACACCCCUGGCAUCACGUAGCUCCAGCCCCCCUCCAUCUAGCCCUGCCACUGUGCCUAGCCCCACUUCUGAGAGUGGAGACUCAGACGGUAGGAGCACAACUCGGCGUCUGUUGUCCCGCCUCUUUUCUAGACGGCCCAGCCAAGAAUCAAGCUCUGCCUCUGUUUCCAGUUCAGCUUCAAGAUCUUUUGACUCUGCUCUUCAGGAGGCUUCUCCAUCAGAUGCCCAGAGCACUCCGGGCAGGGAAAGCACAGACACUGAGCUAAGGAGCUCCUGGCUCAACUGGAACCGUUGCAACCCACUGUUUUCACGACGCAGAAGAGAGGGUCGGGACGAGAGCGCUCGAAUGGAGGCUCACCCCACACUAAUCCCCCUCAGCAGCCCUGAAGAGAGAAAAACAACCAGUCAGGACACAAGUCGUGGUGAAGGGGAAGACGAGGAGGAAGAGGAGGAGGAUGAACUGUCUGAGGGUGCAACAGCUGCUUCACCCCCCAGAGCCUCGGGACUCUCUUCCCUCUUGCAGGAAGCUGCCCGUCUUCCAGGGCAAAAUCCUGGCAUUGCCAGGGUGAUGACUAGCCCUCUCUUCCGUAUGCCCCAGAAUGUGAUUAUUGGAUUGAAUGCUGCCGUGGAUGGGCAAAGUCAGGCUGAGGUUAAGGAGAAUGAGAGGCCAGCCCCCUCCAGAGAUCCGGAAAGACUUAAAAAGAUUCAGGAGAGCUUGCUGCUGGAGGACUCUGAUGAAGAUGAAGGUGAUCUGUGCAGGAUCUGUCAGAUGGGAGAGACCUCAAGCUCAAACCCACUCAUUGAGCCAUGCAGGUGUACAGGCAGCCUGCAAUACGUACACCAAGACUGCAUCAAAAAGUGGCUUCGCUCCAAAAUCACUUCUGGUUCAAAUCUGGAGGCCAUCACAACGUGUGAACUGUGCAAGGACAAGUUGCACCUGAACAUUGAGAACUUUGACAUUAAUGAACUCUAUAGAUCUCAUGAGCGGUCGGAGUAUGAGUUCAUCAGUUGUGGCCUUUACCUGGUGGUUCUGCUGCAUCUGUGUGAGCAGAGAUUCUCUGACGUGCUUGGAGCUGUAAAUGAAGCCGGGUUUUUCAACUUGGCGAGAACUCUUCAUGAGCACAUGGACAAUCUUGAAAGCUCCUAUGCUGAAUCGGAUGAAGAGGCACGUGACAAUAGGCCAGCCAUUGACUUUGGUGACCUAGAGGAUGAAGACGAGGAGGAGUUUUAAUCAUGACUAGAAAGAAUAAGGUGGUUAAAAUGGCAGAGAGGCUCCACCUCUGCGCCUGUGCAGCGAUAUGAGACUCUAGGCGCAUUGACAGCACUGUAAAUACUGUCUUCAGUCCUGAGAAGGGCUUUCACAAUAUGCAGAAUCACCCAUCUCAGGGGUGUGUGUCACCUACCCAACCUUAGAAUUAAAAUAUUUCUUUUUCUUUUGUUUGUAGAUUUUGCAUCUAAAGUUGCUGAGUGCACUAUACAGCUUUAUUAAAUGAGCCAUGAACUAUAAAUAGUAGCACACAGAAAGAUGGUUAAGUGAGGAAGAUUAGAUGGUGCUGUGGAUGAACAGUAGCGAGGCACGUUGAACCUGUGCAGGGUUAUAUAAGGGCAUGGUAAGAUUGAAUUUAAUAUCAAACAUUGUGGAAAUAUAAUAAUCUUUUAAUUUCUUUAUGUUUGUGACAUGAAUUUGCUUUAAAGCCAAUUUAGCAAGAAAAAAGUGAGCAGAAGGUGAGACUGUUGAAUAAAGUGCAUGGUUGGCUUUCCAUUGUCUUUAAAUGUUGCUUUCUAAUGUAAUUUGCCCUGCUUACAUGUUUCUCCAUUAUUUCAAUAAAACUUUGAUGUAAAGAGAUGCAUCACGAAUUUGA